CGAUUUCACGGCAUUGUUUGUUUUCAAAAUACCAUAACAAAACAGCGGGUUAACAACUUUCGAACAGCAAUUCGAAAACUGUUGAAUGCGCAGUUUAACAUUAUCGACAUCUGGCAGCCCGAAUGCCGACCAUAAUCGAAAACAACUCUCAGUAAGAAGAAGAAAAAGUCAGAUUAAGACGUCGAAAUUGGGGGCCUGCUUUCUAAACGAUUUGCAAAACUUUCUGUAUAACAACAAAUCCAAAUUCUUAUUUGAGUGUUACGAGUUCUCUCUUAAGAAGCUCCUCGAAGCUGCGCUGACUUUUCGACCGUCAUUUGUGAUCAAAUGAACGUUUGAUACGCUGCCUGCGGUAGAAUGUAAACUGAUGUUGAUUCUUGACUCGCGAACGGAAGGAAAAUUUGUGCGCGUUUUAUGAUGAUCUGAAAAGCAAAAGUCAGUCAAAUACACAGCGACGUAAAGUGCACAGAGCGAGAGGCGAAAACACGGUAAAAAUUUAAUUGAUGCAAAAAAUAAUGAGCAUAAUUCCGCAAAAGUGGCGUUUGUAAGUGAUAAUCAGAGUUUUGAGCGUUAUUUCCUCCAGAAAAUGCAGCAAGUGGAUGAUCCGCCAUUUCUACCAGUCGGAACGGAGGUAAGCGCGAAAUAUAAAGGAGCAUUCUGUGAGGCGAAGGUUCGCAAGGUGGUGCGGAACAUCAAGUGUAAGGUCGCCUACAAGCAGGGACUCGGGUCGGGCACGGUGUCGGAUGAGCUGAUCAAGGGGGUCCUGCGAGUAGGCGCCACGGUUGAAGUGAAACAUCCGGACAAACGCGAGUAUGUGGAGGCGACCAUCACCAAGAUCCAGGACUGCAGCCAGUAUACGGUCGUGUUCGACGACGGGGACAUUACGACGCUGAGGCGGACGGCGCUGUGUCUAAAAAGCGGGCGACACUUCAACGAGAGCGAGACGUUGGACCAGCUACCGCUCACACAUCCCGAGCACUUCGGGAAUCCAGUGAUUGGCGGUAGGCGGGGAAGGCGUUCCAGACACCUACAAGACGAUAGUUCGGAUGAUGAAGACGAUAAUGAUUCGAAGGAAGUAAUCAACGAAAAGGAAGAACAUAUCGGCAAAGUUGUAUGUGUUGAAUCGACUGAAACGAAGAAAAAAGAUAAGGAAAAGUGGUUUCCCGCUCUCGUUGUUUCUCCAACUGCUCAAGUUACUGCACGGAUUCGUGUCAAAGACGAAUACUUGGUGCGUUCCUUCAAGGAUGGCCGCUACUACACUGUUCCGAAAAAAGAAGCGACCGAAUUCACACGCGACAUGGCAGCUAAACAAGAUGGAGCGGCUGUUCAAGCUGCUUUACAAUACUUGGACAACAAUACUCUUCCGCCACACUGGGACAAAGACGCACUUUUUGGACUGGCGAACAGUUCAAGUGAAUACGAGGGCGAAUUUGAUUCCGAUAGUUCGGAUGAUGAGCCUCGUGAAGAGAAAGAUCAUUUCGUGGCGCAGCUAUACAAAUACAUGGAUGACCGCGGCACCCCUUUGAAUAAGGUUCCUUCGAUAACCAACCGCGAUGUUGACUUGUAUCGACUGUUCCGAGCUGUGCAAAAACUAGGUGGAUACAAUCGAGUGACAAGUCAGAACCAAUGGAAAGCUAUUACCACGCGAUUGGGCUUUAUACCGGUGACGGUCAGUGUCACGAACCUUGUGAAGCAGGCUUACAAAAAGUUUCUCCAACCAUUUGAAGAGUUCAAUAGGAAAUUGGGUUGUUCCAUGUCAAUGACGCCACGAAAUGCGAACCGAAGUAAGGGGCGAAGCUUGGUCCGUGCAAAUUCAGUUGCUUCCCCCAAACCGGAGCCUAAAGAACAGAAAAUAGUUCCACCGGUGACCCCAUCAAUUCCAGAUGAGUUGGAAAAUACAAGUGAAUCGAGCAACGAUGUUGUGAAAUCAAAACGAAAGCUUUCGACAGGGAGUGGAAAAGUGAAAGCUAUAGUUGAUAAGUUUGAAGAAAAAAUUAAGGAUGAACCGGUUGAAGCAACGAGCAGCAAACCGGUGAAGACAAUUGUAAAGGAAGAGCAACCUUCGGUUUCAACUCCAUUGGCUUCCAACGUUGGCAGUGCCAAAAAGGAAAAGAAUACUAAAAAAGCGCCAGCCACACCACAGGAGGAAAAGAAAAUUAACAGGAAACGCAAGGACGGUGAUUCAGAGAAGCCACCUGUUAGCACAGAAAUAUCUUCGGAAAAGGACAAAGAUAAAGAAUUUACGAUAGAUGUAGGAGAUAAGUUGAGUGUUUAUUAUCAUGAGAAGAAAGUGACGUAUGAGGCGAAAGUUUUAGAAACAUCUCUGCAGCAGGGCGUUCCAUUCUACCUAGUCCAUUAUACUGGGUGGAAUACACGUUAUGACGAGUGGGUCCCGCGUGAGCGUAUCGCUGAGAACUUGACGGCCAAUAAGGCGAAACGAGGGAAAAGUGCGAACUCUGCAAAUCAGAAGGCGGCAUCAAAUGUUCCACCAAACGACGGAACAAAGGGUACUUCAAGCAAUGCCGACAAGGCUAGUGCGUUAGCAGUCACUACGCUAACAACAAACUUGCCACCCAGCAAGACUGUGACUGCUUCAAAACGGGGCAGGGGAAGAAGUGAUUCUGGUCCACCACGGUCAGUAACGCCGUCUUCAAUGGCGUCGAACUCGAGCCGAACCAAGUCCCCAGCAGCUACGGCUAAUAGAAGGACUACUCGCGGCCAACCCAGCACAUCCAGGCGCGCAUCAAAUAAUGUUUCAGAUAUAUCGCUGCAGACAGAUUCUGAUAGCGACUCUGACACGCCCGUGAAAAAGCCAAUAAAAUCUCCAGCCGCCCAAACUUCCACCGCGGCUUCAUCUCCCAGUACUUCAAUAAUAAGUAAAGUUCCACUGGUGAAAUCGGCUGCGACAAAUAGUCAAAGCGAAACUGAAGAAGAGGAAAUGGCGCCAAGUUCAAGCAAAGGUCGCGAUUAUGACCUCAACCAGAUCCGAUCGGAGCUGAAGGGUUUCAAGGAACUAAAAUCCCCAUCUCCCGAGUCCGAAAGCAAUGCACAAAACGACGGUGAAAAGAAGGCAAACGUUUUUGAUUUCGAUAUUUCGGAUGAUUUGGGGAAAAAAACGAUUCUGUCUUCGAUCAUCCCCAAGUCUUCCACCGAUUCCAAAUCUUCCUCCACUGAAUUAUCUUCUGAGACCGAUUCAUUCGGUGAUGACGAUUCACAAUCGUCAGAUAAGACGACUAUGCUUGAAAACAUGACAGAGAAGUUUCAACAGAAGAUCGCGCACGACAAAAGGCUAGAAAGAAUGAAUUCCGGCGGUUCAGAUAAAAUUUCCUCCAAGACAUCGAGUAUUGAGAAAAUCAUUGAAGACACGCUUGCGGAGAAAAAGCAGGAAUCGCUGAAAUCUAAGCCUUUCUCUAUAGAGAAGAAUCUCUUCAAACCCGUGGAGUGUGAGAUCAAGCAGGAGCCAAAUGUUGUGGAAAUGAAGCCACCAACGGUUGAGAAAAAGCCUUUGAAGGUUGCAAUACCCGCUGAGAAAAAAGUCACCGAACUGGUAGAAAGCAAACCUACCACGAGUAAAUUUGAAAAGAAAACGACGCCGUUGGCAGACAGUAUUAUUUCGCCAGUUAAAAAAGAACAACCGAUGGUGAAGAAGGAGUUGCCUAUUGUGAAGAAGGAAGUAUCUGUUGUUGAGAGUAUCUCCCCUGAAAAAACUGCGAAGGAAACUUCACUCUUGAGUACUUCCGCGGAUAUUUAUGAGUUCAAGGAACCAGAACCAUUUGAGUUCGAAACGCGCAAAUCUUUGGCGAGCACUUUAAGUUCUCCUGAUAUUGAAAAGAAGCAGAAGAAACCAAUUGCUAAAUCCGUAACAGAACCGCCGGCAGAUAACAAGGCGGUUGCUACGGCACCACCAAUGGCGAAGAAAAAUAAAAAAUCUCCUGUGAAGGAUCCUGAUAAAGCCAAACUUCCAAAACUGGAGGAGAAAACUAUUAUUCCUAUAACAGAACCUCCAUUACUCCUGACUCCAACGAAAGUGGAAAAUACAUUUGACGCUUUACGAAAAUCACCCAGUUUUAAUCUUAAUUUAAACUCUGUGGGCGAAGACACUCUCCAACCACCUCAGGAUCCGCCUGCGAUGUUCGCAGAGCCAGAUAAGUCGCCGCCUGCUUCUUCAUCAACUGCAGAUACACAGAAAAAGAUACCGUUUAUCAGUCCCUUCGUAGAAACUUUAAAGGACUCGCCAAAAGCAUUUGAUUUGAAAGCGGAUGUGUCAGCAAUAGAAAGUCCCGACAAAUUGGCUAAAUCAACGGAACUAGUACAAGUGAAACGAAUUCUAGCUCUGGAUCCGGCACUCAAUUUCGAGCCUCCGAAAACCGACAAAUGGAAAAUCUCAAUAGCUGACAAAGUUCUCAAAGUGCUAAAUCAACAGAAACAAGAGGAACAAAAACCCAAGGAAGAGCAACCCCAACAGCCUCUCUGUCCGCCAGUAAUCGAAGCGCCUCAAAUUAGCCCAUUUGCUUUGACCGAAGCUCCAAAAAUCGAAUUACCAGCAAUAAUCAAAAAGGAAAUUGAUAUACCUUUAAAAAAGCCAAUACUUAGCAGUCCCGAGCAAAAGCUGGAUAUCCUGGAAUCGAUUGCUCCGAAAAACAACGAUUUGAGCGAAACCAUUCUGAAGCUAGAGACCGCAAUCAGGAACCGCACAGAAGUGGACCAUUUCGACGAAGAUUCGUCCGACAGCACAGACUCAGAAAGGCGCCUGGUGAUUGAAGACGACUCUCAGAGUUCGGAAACAAACCAGACCGACCUUGGAUAUGACGCAGAUGUCGCAAAGAAACCCACACCGUUUGGAGAAGAAAGUCUCUUCUUGAGCUCGCGAGAAAGUGCAUUUAAAGUUUGCUCCCCAGGAAUGCAGCAGAGUGCAUUUAGUUUGCAAACGUCCUUAGUGUCCAGUUCAACCCAUCCAAUAGAUUUGGAUGUGCCCCGUCCCGAAGUAGAUGCCCCCGUAUUCAAAGCAACUGAGGAGCCAUCAGGCGCACAGCUAGAGAAGCCAUUGCCAGAUUUACAUAUACAAACAAGCAGUUUCGCUAUCAAAAAGGAAGAAUUAUCACCGAAUCAGGACACAAACUCGAUAACUCACAAUGAAGCCAUUAAUCUUCUUCUUUGUGAAGAAACGAUUCCCGGGAGUCCAGCGCCGUCGAAAGAAUCGUCGGAUAUCAAACCAAAUGUGCACCCGACCGAUUCAGACAUAAAACACAUUCCUAUGGAUAUAGAAUGUUCUACUCAGCCACCGCAUGAGGAUCUUGCAUCCGGAGACAAGGUAAAAAUCGAGGCCAACACACCAACGAGUUCGCCCCGUGACUCAAUGAGCCAGGAUGAAAGCAGCGAGGAGCUUAGGAAGACGCAGGAUUUGUUGACUUCGCCAAAGAAACGACGGCACACCCGGAAGCAUUCCGAAUGCGGUGAACCAAUGAGUAAGCGACGGCGACACAACAUCUCAAAAAGGAAUAAUGGCUCAGAUAGCGAUGAUAAUUCAGAUGCCAAUAUCUCACAGCGCUCAAAUCGGUCAAGCCGACCAUGCCAAUACAACUUCACAGUGGAAUUAGAUCCAAACAUGAAUCCUAAUCAACGAAUAGCAAUUCUGAAUAAGACAAUCGCGGAAUUGCGGCAAACGUACAAUAUGAUUAAGAAUGAGUUGCUGAGCAUAGACCGAAGGCGGAAGAAACUUCGGAGACGCGAGCGUGAGAAGAAAAUGCAGCAGAAAAUUAACAGUUAGUGUUGACCUUCAAAUCUUGUGUACGUAAUUGAGAUUACAAGAAAAGUUAUAAACGAAACGUGGAUGUUUAUUGAUGAUUUCUUUUUUAAUAUACAAGUUUUAAGAAAAAACUCUAAUUAAGUGCAAGUAAACUAAUCACGGAAUGUGGUUUAUUUUUUCCGAAUUUUACAAUGUUUUUAUCAGAUCCUAGAUUAAAAGUUUAUCAUAAAUUAAAGAUGUAUGUACGCAAAUGAAUAUGAUAUGGUGUGAUGUGUC